AUGCAGAAGCAAAACUACGUGUUCAACAUCCGCGACUACAAGGUGCUGAGUGUGAUCGGGCAGGGCGCCUACGGCGUGGUGGCGGUCGGGCACCGGCACCACAGCGACCAGGUGGUCGCCAUCAAGAAGAUCGAGCCGUUCGAGCGGGACCUCUUCUGUCUGCGCACCCUGCGCGAGGUGAAGUUCCUCAAGCGCUUCGACCACCCGAACAUCAUCAAGAUCCUCGACAUCCAGAAGCCCACGUCCUUCGAGGGCUUCCGCGAGGUCUACCUCGUCCAGGAGUACAUGGACGCGGACCUGCACACCGUCAUCCGCACCCACCACCUCAGCAACAACCACAUGACCUACAUGCUGUACCAGCUGCUCAAGGGCGUCAAGUACCUCCACAGCUGCGGCAUCAUCCACCGCGACCUCAAGCCGGCCAACCUCUUGGUCAACGAGAAGUGCGACCUCAAGAUCUGCGACUUCGGUCUCGCGCGCCUCGAAACAGACCCGCGCGACGGCUCUGCCCCGCAGAAGGACUCCUAUCUCACGGAGUACGUGGCCACGCGCUGGUACCGCGCCCCGGAGAUCAUGCUCUCGCUGGCCCAGUACUCCAAGGCAAUCGACGUGUGGUCGAUCGGCUGCAUUCUCGCGGAGAUGCACCUCCGCGAGCCCCUCUUCCCGGGCAAGGACUACCGCCACCAGCUGCUGCUCAUCUUCGAGGUGCUCGGGGCGCCCACGGCGGCCGACCUCGCCAGCGUGCGCCUGCCGCGGGCCCGUGAGUACCUCCGCACACACACGGGCGGCCAGCGCCGCAUCCCGAUGCGCAAGAUCUUCCGGCGCGCCGACGCCGCGGCCGUGGACUUCAUCGAGCGCACCCUCACCUUCGACCCGGCCAGACGCCUCACCGUCGACGCGUGUCUCGACCACCCGUACGUGGCCGAGUUCCGCACCCCGGCCACCGAGACCGCCGGCAGCCCGAUCCCGCCCGAUUUCUUCUUCUUCGACGAGCUCAAGGACCAGCUCGGCCUCAUCGACCUCAAGCGCAUGCUCUACGCCGAGAUCAUCAGCGACUGA